UGGGCUACUUUCACUGUGGUAUAUCUGACUAUUGGAAACCAAGCAGGUGUCUUAAAGUUACAAUGUUUGCAUCUCUUUUUCCAGGGAGAUGAGAGUCUAUCCGCAGUUACCUUUGACUCUGACUUUGAGACGAAAGCAAAAAGGAAAAGUUUCCACAAACCCCCACCCACAUCACCAAAGUCACCUUAUCACUCUAAGCCGAGAAAAGUAGCAUCCUGGAGAUCUCUCAGGACAGCAGGGGGCAUGCCUCUGGGUAGCAGAACGUCCUUAACCCCACAGAAGCUAUGGCUGGGAACUUCUAAACAAGGAAGUCUGACCCAACCCCUGAAAUCAAACUUCACCCUGGAGCAUGCAUGGACCAACCCCCCAAGCAGCACUCCCGACUACCUGACAGAAGCUUUAAGAAUGAAGAGGUCAAAUCUCAGGCGUUCUGCCAGCAAUGGUCAUGUGCCUGGGAUUCUUGUCUACAGAGAGAAAGAAGAUAUGUAUGACGAGAUUAUUGAGUUGAAGAAGUCAUUACACACACAGAAAAGUGACGUGGAUCUGAUGAGAACAAAGCUUCGGCGAUUAGAAGAGGAAAAUAACAGAAAGGAUCGGCAGAUAGAACAGCUUUUGGAUCCAAGUCAAGGCCCGGAUUUUGUUCGGACUCUGGCAGAGAAAAGAUCUGAUACUGGUUGGGUCAUUAAUGGGCUGAAACAAAGGAUUCUCAAGCUGGAACAGCAGUGCAAGGAGAAGGACAAUACUAUCAACAAACUCCAGACUGAUAUAAAGACCACCAACUUGGAAGAGAUGAGGAUUGCCAUGGAGAUGUACUACGAGGAGAUUCAUCGUCUCCAGUCUCUCUUGCCAAGUUCUGAAGCUACAGGAAAGAGGACUCCGGGGGAGAAGAAGACGGGCGUUAAAAGGCAGAAAAAAAUGAGCAGUACUCUCCUGAACUUGUCUCAGAGUGUUCAGGAGCUUACAGAAGAGAACCAGAGCUUGAAAGAAGACCUGGACCGUGUGCUAAGCAACUCCCCUACCAUCUCCAAAAUAAAGGGUUAUGCAGAGUGGAGCAAGCCCAGGCUGCUGAGACGCAUUGCAGAGCUGGAGAAGAAAAUAAGUUCAAUGGAGAGCUCAAAAUCACAGGCUUCAGAACCAGUGGAACCAAUUCCCCUGGCUCAUUCUGCAUCCGACUCUACAGUGCACAAACAGCCACCGUCAGAGGUCCACGAACGUCUCCAAGGGGCGGUGAGAAACCUGAAGGGAGAGCGGAAGGCCCUGCAGACUCAGCUGCUGGAGAAAGAUUUGGAAGUACAGCAGCUACUGCAGACAAAAGCUGACUUGGAGAAGGAGCUGGAGAACUUGAGGGAAGGUGAGAAGGAGAGAAGACAGCGAGAGGAGGCUUUGAAAGAGGAAAUUCAAAUACUUACCAGCAAGUGUCAAGAACUGGAAGAAAUUAAGAAAGAAGAGAAAGAUGAUCCCAUGGAAAUUACUCAUGAGACCCAAGAACUCCCAGCUUCCUCUGCCAGCAGCAGGCACUCUCAGCAAGACUCUGAACCAGAUUUAAGUGAGGAGAGGUUCUCUCAGUCCCCUUCCCCCUGCUCUGAUGGGAGAAGAGACGCUGCUGCCAGGAUCCUGCAGGCCCGGUGGAAGGUAUACAAACACAAGAAAAAAAAGGCUGUUCUGGAUGAGGCGGCCAUUGUGCUUCAGGCAGCUUUCAAGGGACAUCUAGCGCGGGCGAAGCUGUUAUCAAGCAAAGAAUGUGGCUCAGAGUCUCCCAGCAUGCCAGGCUUUCCAAAUCAGAGCUCUUCCCUGCCCUGGGUCCCAAGCUCCAUCGCCCAGGCCAAGGGCAGCCCAAGGCAAGAGGAGGCCAUCAUCUUUGUCCAGUCUGUCCUCCGGGCACACAUGGCCCGGGCCAGGUACAGUGCUGCCAAUAAAAGAACAACCAUCGCAGCUUCUACAAAAAGGAGAUCUGCUUCAGCCACACGCAAAGAAACCUCCUCUUCAGUCUUCCUUGCAGCUUCUGGGAAGGAGGACAGUGACGCCAGCAGCAGGGAGGCUGUGGAGGAGGAGGACAAGGACGAGCCAGGGGAGGAGCCCACAGCCCCACAGCCCCGCUCUGCAGAGUCCUCUCCCUCGGGGCUGCAGCCCAUGGUGCCUCGUCCUGUGGAUGACAUCAACUCUGAUGACUCCGAUGAUAUUGUCAUUGCUCCAUAUCUGCCCACGAAGAAAAUCUCCUCCCCAUUCUAGGUCCCUCAUCAUUGUCUACAACUGGUGGUGGCUGUCAGGGAUAGGUUAGGGUUAAAAGGAGAGGACAUAAUAACUAAAAUUGGAAAGAUAAUUUAUCUUGUUAGGAAAAGAACAAUACCUACUUAACACCUCAA